AUGCAGUCCGCCAUAAGGAGCUCUCCGAACGGUAUUUCUUCGACGGUCUCGAAUGCCUCUCCUGGUCCAGCACCAAAUGGCAUGGGCAAUGGCUUAUUUGCCACAAAAGAUGUUCCAAUCGGCCAAAAUGUGGUCCAUGCAAAACAACCCCUGGUAGCGGUGCUGGACACGCCGCGCUUGGAGGAUACGUGCUCGGGCUGCUUCGGGAAGCGGCAGAUGGAGACAGGGACGGAAUUGAAGGCUUGUACGAUAUGUCGGAUUGCGAGAUAUUGCGAUAGGACCUGUCAAAUCAAAGACUGGAAAUCUGGGCAUUCUUUGGAGUGUGCAAUCUUCCAGAAUCUCAAGCCUCAGAUUCUACCCGUCAAUGGACGGGCGCUAUUACGCAUCGUGCUUCGUGCCUCCAAAAACAAGUGUCCGCCUGAGGAGAUGAAGCUGUUCACCAAUCUUGAGACUCAUAUCCAGGAGGUCUCAGAGAGUCAGGCCCAUCUCGAUCGCAUGAACCUGUUAUCUAAAGCGGUCAAGAACUACUCGGAUGUGGAUAUUAGCCAGGAGGUUAUUAUGGGCUAUGCGGCACGGUUGGACAUCAAUUCAUUCAAUCUGACUACGGCCAUGUAUGACCGCAUCGGUCUCUACCUACAUCCGUUUGCUGCUCUGAUCAACCACAGCUGUGACUACAAUGCCACCGUCGGGUUUGACGGUGAAGAGCUCUAUGUGAAGGCCAUUCGUCCCAUCAAAAAGGAUGAGCAGAUCUUCAUCUCCUACAUUGACACCACCACACCCUAUGCAGUCCGCCGCAAGGAGCUUUCUGAGCGGUAUUUCUUCAACUGCCUAUGUACUAAAUGUGCCAAGGGAACCAACACACCCGAAGAUCAUUUCAUGAAACCACCAUGGGACACAGCCGCCCUGGAAAUUGCAGAGAAAGAGGCCCUGGAGCUGAUGCAAGAGGCCACACACUUGGACAGCAAGCCCCAGGAACAAAUCAAACCCUUGGAGUCUGCCAUGCACAUCCUCAAGAAAACCUCACACUGGCCACUCACCCGCCAGCCCUAUGCCUCACUACGGGACCAGCUCAUCCUCUCCCUUCUCUCCGUCAACAAUUUCAGCAAAGCCUUUCUCCAUGCUGCCAUCAGAUACCUGCGCAUUGAUUCAGUCAUCUACAGCCCCAGCCAUCCCAUCCGUCAAUUGCACGGCUGGGUGCUUGCCAAGCUUGCUAUCUACUUGUCCCAAGAAGGGUUUGAGUCAGAGUUCAGAGAAGCCGCGUUGAUCCAGGAAUCACAGAUGAAUUUCCACUAUGUGCUAUGGUAUCUGCUGGCAGAUUUGACCAGUCGGCAAGGUGAGAGCUGUACCGUUCCCAGCUUCAAGAGGCUUGUUAGUGCCAAUUUUGCACAGGUGCACAAUGAGUUUAAGGCAAAUGGGAUAGAUCCAAGUAAGUCAAAGGCGGUUGUGAGCGGAGAAUGGAAGAAAUUAGAGAGACUGGUUGAGAUAGCCUUGGAUAGAGAAUGA